AAGCUACUACUAGUAAUAAUGAGAGGCUUAAUUUGGAAAGGAAUAAUGGCAAUUACAAGCACAGCCGGCCAGGUCACAUUUCAAAUUUCAGCGCCACCAAAAGAACAGUACGUACGUGGGGCCAGGAAAUAGCUAGACGGAGGAAUGACGACGGAAGAAUCCAUUGAAGAAGACUUAUCGUACGAGCCGUCGUCGGAGGUUGAUUCCGUUUACGAGUUCGAUGCGUCUCGUUACUUUGAUUUCUGCCUGCCGGAGUCAUCUUCCGACACUGAACGGGCCGAGCGAUGGUUCCACGUCGCCGGCUAUUAUCCACCUUCGCGUUUCUAUUUCAAGUCGAAAGUGAUCAUUAACACACAAGAAACAAAUGACGAUGAGAUGAAAGGGAAGACGAUGGUGAAUAAUGGCGAGGUAUUAGAAGAGACUCCAAAAGCUAAACCUAAGGCGGCGGCGACACAAAAAUCAGGUGGUAGCAAGACGAGGAGCUCAUCAACGUUAAUGAAACCUACGGCUAGCCACCUGGCCAGGCUAAACCUAUUGGCUGCGACACAAAACGAUAAUGAAGCCACAAAAAGGCAAAAGCUAGAGAGUGGUUACUUGCGUAAGGUUGCUCAUUUGAAGCAUCAAUCGUCGUUGUUGCACAAGUCAUCUCAGAAGGGUGGAUUAUCGUCUCCUGGUGCAAAAGCACUUCAUCAUUCUAAGUUAAGUGUCACCGUUCCAAGAGAGCCUCGACUAGAAACUCAUCGAAGGGCACAAUGGCGGAGGUUCAAGUCCAGAUAUGAUUUAACCUCAAGUGAUCAUAUUACAUCAGAGGAACAAAUAUCAUCCAAAGUUCGGUCAUCCAAGAAAAAAAUUCUAGAGUCACAUUCAACGCCCGAGACCAAAAUGAGAACACAGAAAUCACCUAUCUCCCAAGAUUACAAAAGCUCAAACGAGAAGAAGCUUUUACAACAUCCACCAGUUGAGUUAUUUAGCAAGUUGACACUCAAAUGUCAAAUGCACAGUGAUGAAGAAUCUCAACCAAACCAGCAUCAUUAGGAAAGGUGAAUUUAAACCAGUUUGGUCCAAAAAUGGUUGUUUUGUAUGUCAGCAUUAUAUUGUGAAAAUUAGAUUAUUAUUAUUGAG